AUGGAUACAUUUUUUCUGAAGCAAUGGUUCGCCCAUACAUCCACGCCAUUCAUUGCCAAUGCACCCAUGUUUGGAUUCGCAGAUGUCAAUUUAGCAACUGCAGUGACGAAAGCGCACGGAUUCGGUUUCAUUGGCGGCGGCUUCGAUUUCAAGCCAGAGUCCCCACAGCUCCAGAGCCUGGACAAGCAACUGGCAAAUGCCCGUACUAUCCUAGAAGUAGGUGAAGAGGAAACACUACCACUUGGUGUUGGCUUCAUCACAUUCCAGCCAAGCGGGUUUAUCGCAAAUGCCAUUCCCAUCUUGCGGAAGCAUCGGGUAGCAGGGAUCUGGCUAUCAUUCCCUCGGACGGAUGGUGAUCAUCUUCCUCUCAUCCAAGCUAUUCGAAAAUCUCAGGAGGAGUCCGAUUGGCAUACGAAGGUUUUCGUUCAGGUGGGGACUAUCAGAGCAGCUGAGGAAGCUAUCAAACAGGGUGUCGAUGUUUUGGUUGUUCAGGGGACUGAUGCUGGGGGUCAUCAAUGGGCUCAGGGUGCUAGUUUGAUGUCUCUUUUACCUGAGGUGCGGGAUAUUCUGGUGAAGGCCGGGCAUCAGUCCAUUGCUGUGCUUGCUGCUGGUGGUAUUGUUGAUGGGAGAGGGUGUGUUGCUGCUCUUGGUCUUGGCGCGGAUGGGAUCGUUAUGGGCACAAGAUUCGUUGCAACCUCUGAAUGCCCGGCGCCAUCUGCUAUGAAGGAGACCAUUGUGUCUAGCAGUGAUGGUGGGGUCUCAACUAUUAAAUCUACCCGACAUGAUGUGUUCCAGUCAACUGAUGUCUUUCCGAGACAAUAUGACGGAAGAGCUGUUAUUGGGGUUAACUAUGAGGAAUCUGAGAGAGGGGUCAGCGACGAGGAGAUCAUUCAGCGGUAUAAUGAGGCCAGUAAGGCAGGUGAGGUUCAGAGAAGAACUGUCUGGGGGGGUGCUAGCAUUGGAAGUAUCAAUGCAGUGGCGUCUGUCGACGAUGUCAUAAAGUAUGCCCAGGAGGAAACUCGGGCUAUCUUGGAGCGAAUGCGAGGUGUGGAAUAA